CCGGCUGUGACGCCUUCCGUACGGUAAAAUACAUAAUCGCCACCCAGCGUGGAACUCGAUAAAGUAAGGAUCAGUAAGAUGCUUACGAAUGGCCACGCUGCCCUUCAGUUUCACCAUCGUCACACCCUCGACAGACCACCCUUUUUACUUCAGAGCUCCCCCUCUUGAUUCUCUCUUUAACGCUCUCAGUUUUAGGCGCCCUCCUUACUUUUGAAUAACUCCUCCAUUUUCCAAGCAAGCUGUACCCUUGGUUUUGCGACGUUCGCGAGGUACUGAGUCUGAUCCGCGCGGCAUUCGACUACCAUAACCAAUGAGUUUUUGAAAACCUCGCUCCCGCAACUGGCAGGUCCGUCGUCCUGCUCAAUCAUCGAGAUCCUCCAUUAAUUACCUACUCUCACAUCGGCGAUCGUUUAGUUAUAGGAUGGCCCCCGGGUCAUUCUCCCGGCCCUCUGGUAGGGGGAGUGGUUCUCUGUCCUCAUUGUAUUUCUCUGCAUUAUUGUUGCUCCUCCUCCUUAAUCCCACCACAGUAUCAGCUCAGUCCGCAGCCGAUUACUAUGUGAAAUCAUUGCCUGGAGCCCCAGAGGGCCCGCUGCUGAAGAUGCAUGCUGGACAUAUAGAGGUAGACCCAGAGACCAACGGAAACCUUUUUUUCUGGCACUAUCAAAAUCGCCACAUCGCAAACCGUCAGCGGACGGUGAUAUGGCUGAACGGAGGGCCCGGCUGCAGCUCGAUGGAUGGCGCACUUAUGGAAGUUGGCCCCUACCGACUGAAGGAUAACCACACUUUGGAAUACAAUGAGGGCUCGUGGGACGAAUUCACGAAUCUUCUCUUUGUCGACCAGCCUGUUGGAACCGGAUUCAGCUUCGCCAAUACUGACAGUUAUCUCCAUGAGCUAGAUGAAAUGGCUGCACAAUUUGUUACAUUUAUGGAGAAGUGGUUCGCCAUAUUUCCUGAAUACGAACGGGAUGAUAUCUAUUUCGCUGGCGAAUCAUAUGCAGGCCAAUAUAUCCCAUACAUUGCGAAAGCUAUCCAAGAACGAAACAAAAACAUGAACAGAUAUAGGGAUGCACAUUGGAAUCUUCGCGGCCUUCUCAUCGGUAAUGGUUGGGUAUCGCCAGCGGAACAAUACCCGGCCUACUUGACUUAUGCUUACGAAGAAGGCCUCGUCCGGGAAGGUAGCAAGCUCGGAAGACAACUCGAAGUUCUACUCUCCGUUUGUAAAUCGGAAAUGGAAACUGGGCACCCCAAAGUUUCGAUACGUGACUGCGAAAAGGUUUUGACUGAACUACUCCAAAACACCCACGACUCGAAUGAUCAAUGUUUCAACAUGUACGAUAUUCGCCUUCGCGACACUCCUGAUUCUUGUGGCAUGAGUUGGCCGCCAGACCUGGCUGAUGUGAAACCCUAUCUACAAAGCCACGAAGUGAUUGAAGCUCUGAAUAUAAAUCCUAAAAAGCAAUCAGGGUGGCAAGAAUGCGAGGGCAAUGUUGGCAGCGAGUUUCAGGCAGCUAAGUCCAAGCCAUCAGUCGACCUGCUUCCCGGAUUACUCGAGUCGGGUGUUAAAAUUCUUCUGUUCAGUGGCGAUAAAGACCUCAUUUGCAAUCAUGUUGGGACUGAGGAGCUCAUUGGCAAUAUGAAGUGGUCUGGUGGUACUGGUUUCGAAAUUUCACCAGGUGUAUGGGCUCCACGACAUGACUGGACGUUUGAAGGUGAGCCGGCUGGUUACUACCAACAUGCGAGGAACCUGACCUACGUUCUCUUUUACAACGCCAGCCACAUGGUCCCAUUCGAUCUCCCACGACCUUCCCGGGAUAUGGUUGACCGCUUUAUGAACGUAGACAUUGCCAGCAUUGGUGGCAUGCCAGCAGACUCUCGCAUCGAUGGUGAACCGCUCCCUCAAACCUCUGUAGGUGGCCAUCCAAACAGCACGGCCGCUGAAGAACAAGAACAGCAGAAGAUCAAAGAAACCGAGUGGAACGCCUACGCCAAGUCCGGCGAAGCAGUACUCGUUGUUGUCAUUAUCGGGGUUUUAGUAUGGGGCUUCUUCAUAUGGCGCAGCCGCCAACGGCACAGCGGCUAUCGUGGCAUAUCUAUCAAGUCCCCAAGUUCGGCCUCUAUUCUAGGACGAUUUCACAACAAGCAGAGUAACGGUGCAGACAUGGAAGCCGGCGAUUUUGAUGAAGCUGAACUGGAUGACCUGCACUCACCUGGCCUGGAUCGAGAGAACUACGCGGUCGGCGAUGACAGUGGAGACGAAGGGCACGGACAGGGCCAGGGGCAGCCGCAAGCUCAAGGAUCCUCAUCGCAAGCCGGAGCUAAUCUUGUAGAAUAAUUUGUCUUCUAUUCUCUUGGCCAAUAUUGGAUAUCGUGUAGUGAUUUUUAUUUUUUCUUUCAGCCUUCUUUUUGACACCCUAUAUACAGCAUACUACACAAAUCCAACAACCAUUAGAUACGAAACUUAUGACCAAACUAACAUUCCUUUUUCCCGUGCUUUUAUAUUAUCCUCUAUGGGCUCCUAUCACCCCAAUAUAUAACUGAUAGAAAAUUAUUUGACAUAUUCGCAAUGUAGUCGUUUAGGUGUGAUACUAGUGUUACCGUGUCAACACCCAUACUUUGAUACUCCCGUCGUCGGCAGUGGUAACUAGCAACUCUUCCUCUUUAUUUUCUUCUCG